GACUUACCUUAACCUUUCGCCAUCUUGAAUUUAUAGCCGCCAUUUUUACUCUAGAUUUUACCUACAACGGCUUGCUGCCGUGGCAAUUUUGUUGAAAAGUGAAGAAUCCCAAAAGUUGAGUAUGGCAGGAAAUAUUCGGGAAGAACAAGUGCAUUGGGCCAAAAUUGCCGAACAGGCUGAGAGAUUCGAUGAUAUGGCAGAAGCCAUGAAAAAGGUAACAGAGAAUUUAGAGAACGAUGAAAAGAAGGAAUUGUCAGUGGAAGAAAGGAAUCUAUUAUCAGUUGCAUAUAAGAAUGUAGUAGGUGCCCGAAGAUCAUCUUGGCGAAUGGUAUCACUGAUAGAAAAUAAAGCAGAGAGCACUCAACCAAGACAUAAAUUAGCACAACAAUUUCGGGUUAAACUUGAAGAUGAACUUAAUAAAAUCUGUCAGGAGGUUCUUGAUCUUUUAGAUAAGCAACUUCUUGCAAAUGUUACUUCAGAUGAAAGCAGAGUGUUUUAUUUGAAAAUGAAGGGCGAUUAUUAUAGAUAUAUGGCUGAAUAUUCAUCAGAAGAGGCACGGCCAGGAAUUGUAGAAAAUUCUCAGAAGGCUUAUAUGGAUGCGAUGGAUUGUGCUAAAGAGAAAAUGCCACCAACACAUCCUAGCAGAUUAGGUCUCGCCUUAAAUUUCUCUGUAUUCUAUUACGAAAUUUUGAAUACCCCAGAAAGAGCUUGCCAUCUAGCGAAAGAGGCAUUUGAUGCUGCUAUUGCUGAAUUAGACAAUUUGGAUCAGGAGUCUUACAAAGACAGUACACUUAUAAUGCAGCUUUUACGUGACAACCUUACACUAUGGACAUCCGAUGCCCAGCAAGAAACAGAAGGAGACAACUAACGUUUAAAAAAACUAAGGCUACAUUUAAGUUUACAAUGCUGCUCAACUGAUUAAAAUUUGGACUUAGUUCGUGAGUGAAAGCAAUAUGAAGACGGUUCUUUUACCUAGAAUAGUGUAUCUGUUAAGUUGCAUAUCCUAAAAACAUAAUUUAUAUACUAGCUAAUUGUAAUGAAGUGCUCUGUAGAGAUACUGCCACUUAGUGUGAUCAGAGACAUUGACAUGCAGCAGUUAUGCCUUUCUGUUCAAAUCCAGUUAUUUCAUAGUCAUCAUUACUCUUUCUUUUAUUCGUAAACACAUAUCCACAAAAACUGUUCACGUGUCUUCUGGAAAGUUAAAGAAUUUGUAUGUUUAAUAUUUUAUGGCGUUUUAUUUUGUAUUGUUAGGUGAUGAUUCUUAUUUACGCCUUUUAUGUAACUUAUAGUUAUUAUUAGCUUUGAUCAGUCAGAAACAUAUUUUCUUGUUAUACUGUAAUAAAUUUGUACCUGCCAUUGAA